UGUGACAGGACACGGCGGUUAGUGCAGCAACUGUUAGGGAGAACGGCUCCUACUGCUCGGGUGUAAAGAUGACCCUGGAGGAGCCCAUCGGCGUGGAGGAGAAGCAAGCGAAAAGUACCGAGAGGAUGCAAGUUGCUGGCAAAGCCCUGGAAGAGUUGCUGAGCUCCGCGCAACGUCAGCACUGCCUGACCGUUGGAGUCUACGAGUCUGCAAAGGUCAUGAAUAUUGACCCGGACAGUGUGGUGCUCUGCCUUUUGGCCACUGACGAAGAGGACGAAGGUGACAUUGCUCUGCAAAUCCACUUCACUUUAAUUCAAGCAUUUUGCUGCGACAAUGACAUUAACAUCGUGAGAGUGAAUGACAUUCCGAGAUUGGCGGAGAUCGUCGGCAAUUCGGUUGACAACGAGGAACCGAGAGAUAUGCAUUGCAUAUUAGUCACGAAUCCAAGUCAAGACUCUUGGAAAGAUCCAGCUUUAGAAAAACUUGGUGUCUUCUGUGAAGAGAGUCGCUGCACCAAUCAGUGGGUCCCCAACAUUUCCUUUCCUGAGCGUUGAAUUGUUGCAUGGACUUGCUGUUGCUGGGAGUAUUGUAUUUUGAAGUCCUACUUGUCAAGGAAAAGUUUGGAUAUGUGGAUUAGACUGGUGUUUUGGUCAAGACACAUGUACAUGUGGCCAGUACACAGCUGGUGAAUCGGAGACUGAGGACUGAUGGCCAGGACUGAUGACUGCAGCAAGUUGGAUAAAUGGACUUCUGUGAACAACCACAGACCUGGAAUGGUGCUGAGAGUGUGAAGUACACAGUGCAACUCUGCACAUGCCAUGGAGCCCUGUUUGCCAUUGGAGGAGAUUAAAUGAAAGCUUAAGACCAGUGUUGGAGCUGUGGGACUCUGCUCUGAUUUUUAUACCUAUCUUGGGUUUCCCUAUGGAGGAGUUGAUUUUGAUCCAGAAAUGAAUUUGAUUAUUUACAGCCCUUGAGCUCUUUAAUUUUUAAUGUGUUUUUAGAAAUUUAAUACUUGGUUCAUGUAGAACAGCUUAAAUUUAUGAAAUAAAGCAUAUAAAUUUUGA